GCGCGCACGCGGGGAGGAUGAUGCAGCCUCGGUUCAGACAACAGACGCGGAGCUGAAGAAGAAGAAGAAGAAGAAGAACCGGGGCGGACCGAGCGGGCGGACGCACCGACACCGACACCAGCAUCUACCGGGACCGGAGCUUACCGGGGGGCCGGGCUGCAGCUCCCACCGGACCGAACCUCCUCCCCGUCGGUGUGCUCGUGCGGAGGGAGGAUGAAGAAGAGCAGCCAGAGCAGGCGGGGCGUCCAGGACUCGGGUCCGCCGGCGGUCCAGCAGCCGGAGAAGGUUGGUUGGAUCCGGAAGUUCUGCGGUCGAGGGAUUUUCAGGGAGCUGUGGAGGAGCCGGUAUGUGGUGCUGAGAGGAGACCACCUGUACAUCUCAGACAAAGAGGUGAAGGACGAGCGUAAAGCUCAGGAGGUUUUCGAUCUUGCUGAUUACGAACGAUCAGAGGAGCUGAGGAAGGCGAAGAGUCGCAGCAAGAAGAACCACAGUCGCUUCACAGUGCUGCGCUGCAGACAGCCGGGAAACACCGUUCCCAACCUCGUGUUCCUGGCGGUGAGUCCUGAGGAGAAGGAGUCAUGGGUCAACGCCCUCAACGUGGCCAUCAUCAAGGCCAAGAACAGAGUAUUGGAUGAGGUGACCAUUGAGGAGGACAGCACUCUGGUUCAUCCCACCAGAGAUCGAGCUAAGAUCCCUCACGGCCGCCGGCUGCCGACCAGAGGACACCUGAUGGCCGUGGCGUCCACCUCGUCUCACGGCAUGCUGACCCUUGACCUGGUGGCUGAGGAGGACGGUUUCUUCCCCGACUACGACGUCGACUUGCAAGAGUCCUGGGAGAACAGCUUCCGGGUCGACCUGCAGACGGGCGCUGGGUGUCGGGGCGUUGGAGGCCGACAGCGAGCCGGGACCGACGUGUCGAAGCUCCGGGUGACCUCCAAGGAGCCCAAGGUGAAGACGGGCAGUCUGCCCCGAGGCAGCGAGCGGUCCUGGGGGAAGCAGUCCCAUCUGGAGGUCUCCAAGGUCCACAAGACGUCACAGGUGCAGGUCCUCCAGGCUCAGUCUCGGACGCCGCAGCCUGGAAAGAGGUUCAGCAUGCAGGGUCGAAGCCGCUGCGCCUCCAUGGAUGAAGUUCUCUCCUCCAGGCCGGCGUUGAUCCGAUCAGAGCUGCGUUCGGCUCUGAGACGUUGUCCGACCGAGGAGGAGGCGGGAGGCGAAGCUUCGUCGCAGCCGGUCGGUCAGCUGCAGAGCCUCAUCGCUCAGAGGAUGCAGAGAGCUCAGGAGCUGCUGGAGGAGAUGAGGCUGCAGGAGCUGCAGAAGGCCAAAGCAGAGCGAGAACGAGGAGGCAGCUCACCGUACCUGAAGGGCAUCGACUCCCCUCGACUCCAUCACCUCAGGGGCUCCGAGUCUCCUCACUCCAGCAGGUCUUCAGGAUCUUCGAGGAGCCGGAGCAGCGACUCUCCUCGUCUCCGAGGCAAAGACUCUCCUCGCCUCAGAGGCAGAGAGUCUCCUCGGUCCAAAGCCAAGAGGAAUCGCUCCAAAGGGACCGACUCUCCUCGCUCCAAAGGAUCUCAUUCUCCUGCCGCUAAAGGCAGCGACUCUCCUCGACCGAAGGAUUCGCCUCGACUGGCCGACUCUCCUCGAUCCAAGAGCUUCGACACUCCCAAACUAAAGACCUCGUCCAGCGUCUCCUCCAACAAGCAGGAAGACUCUCCAGUGCAGAAGUCGCCAGAAUCGCUGGUGUGCAGCUCCCCUCAGGUUAAAGGAUCUGAUUCACCACGAGGCAGCGAAUCCGACUCCCCUCGUCCAGGUAGCAGGAAGGAGUCUCCCUGUCAGAGCCAGAACUCCCCGAGUCCGUCUGGGUCCUUUGAGUCCUCGCAGCCCAAAACCCCUGACAAGCACCGGCUGUCCCCCCCGCCACCCGGCGCCCAGCUGCCGGACGAGGACUCGGAGGUGGAGAGGAGGCGAGCCGAGGCCGAGCGUCUGCUGGAGGAGGCCGUGUCGUCCUGGAAGGAGGCGCAGGAGGUGCUGCAGGAAGUGAAGGAGCUGCAGAGUCAGACGCUGCGACGACAGCGAAGGAGAACCUAUGAGAAGAUGACAUCGUCGGCUGCAGCAGCCGGAUUGCCGUCAGCGACCGCGGCGGCCGAAGAGGACGACACUCCGACCUCGCCAACAUCACCGGAGGACGACGACGAAUCAGAGACACCUUGAAGGGAUUUUGACUUACAGAUAUUUAUUCAUUUUUGAAUUUCCUCAGUGGAAGUAGCAGCGUUUUGCAGCAUGCUUACAGAGACGGGUUUAUUAAAUUUGGGACUUUUUAAUUCUCUUCCUGAACUGAUUUCCAUCUUUUAAUCCGGUGACGGUGAGCACUGCAGCCAGCGUGGAUUAUAUUGAAAGCAGUGAUACAGUUCUUCCCAGGAGGUUUAAUGACUUUAAUCCUCCACAGUGCACUACAGCCAGACGCCCUCUCACUCCUGCUGCCCUUUUUUCCAGAGUCUCCCUGAGUGGCAGCUGAGCCACAUUUAAUCAGAGCAAACACAGUUUUAAUGGAGAGGCCUCCCUUCACCUUCUCCCACGGUGCUGCACGUUUUCCUCUUUCUGCUGAAAGUGAAGCGAAACGCCUCUCUGUUGGUGUCAAAGACGAGUUUUUGGAUGAAGCUCUGAAAGAUUUUUUCAAGUGAAGAUGUCAAUGUUUAUAUAGAGUAAACUUUUUGAAUACGACACAAACAUGCGGCCAUUGAAGAGCACUAUGUUUCCUACAGAGGAGGGAGUUUGCUGUAAAUUUCUUCUCUUUGAUUCAGAUGGACUUAAAGUAUCCUGACUGAUUUAUCUACUGAUGUAUAUUUAAGUCUUCUUGUGUCCGUCCCUGCUCUAGUUGUAGCCCUGCGUGUAAAGCGUCCUUCCAGAUCACUGGUCAUAUUUUUUAAUCUCACGGGAUUUUUGCAGUGAGUUUUGUGAAGCUUCAGCCAAAAUCAGGGAGUUUAAUGUUGAGCACCAUGAAGAUGGAAGAAGCAAUAAUGAACUCAGAGAAAAUGUUUACAUGUUGUGGGUUAAACAAGACUCUCUGUGCACUAUGAACUGCUUUUUUUUCUUUGCAACAACACGACUUUGCUCGAUUAGCUGUGCGGUAAAACUUUGAUUUAAGAAUAUGGAGCAUGUUAGCACAGAACUGAAAUCGUGAAGGUUUGAUUUGCACAGUUUCUACUGAACAGAUGCUGGAUUUUAAAACAUCCACCAGCAAUGCACAGGAUUUUUAAAAAGAAUUCCAAUAUAAAAAAAAAUUAUUGUAAUAAGGAUCCCUUAAAAUGUUUUUUUAUAAAAUUAUUACCAGCAUAUGUCACUUCAAUUAAAUAUAUAAACAUACAAUUACAUGAACACAAGGAUAAACGUAUGAGACACGAAUAGCUGAAUAAAGACUUUACGGACAAAUAAGGAAAUUUAACUCAGUGAGGGCUGCACUAUUAUAUUGAUCGAUAAUUGAAAUCAUGCCUAUUUAUCACAGUUACUCAUAGAUGUUAACGACAAAACAUUUUUAUUGCACUUUCACUUUGAAAUAAACAGUGCUGCUUUCACUUCCAUGUUGAACUACAUUUCUGCUCAAUGUAUAAAAUCUGCAUCAAAAUAGGACUUCAAACUUAAAUUCAGAGCGUCCCAUAGAGGCUCAAUAUAAAUAAAAUUGUUCUCACUUGCUGAACAUCUGCUUAUCAGUAGACACUGCAAUUUACAGAUGUUCCCUGAAUGUCUCACAUGCAGGCUAAGUAAGAAGUUAGCUAGUCGGCUGUGAAUGGAGAAGCUUCUAGUCUCCGCUGCAGCAGUUCAGACAGGAAUGUGACCGAACAUCACUUUAAAAAGACUAAAAUAAGGCAUCCAUUGUCAGAUUUACCCAAAUCAGAGUGAUUUUAUCUAUGUGAGCUGUUUUCUAUGAGCAGAACAUUUUCAUUUACUUGUGAAAAGCCAGAAUUGUGAUUCAUUUUCAAUUAAUUGUGCAGCCCCAGUCUCAGAUAUACAUGAUGAAGUUUACUGAUGCACACUCCACUUGUUGCUGAGGAGUUGAUUGCAAACUGUACAUGUUCAUUUAUGUGCUGUCAAACGUGGCAAACUCAUGUUAUAAACGUAAAUGCAGUCAUUUACGUUUCACGGACAUAAAUGUUACAUUUUACACAAGUAGUUGAUGAAACGUGCUUCAUACAUGGAUAAGUUUCCGAUAAUUUUCUUGUUGAGGUUCAAAAAUUAGUUUCUCCUGAUGAACAAAUUUAAGUUUUACAUUAUAGCAAAGCGAUUUUUUUUUAGCUGGCAUGUGGCUACAUCUGUGCUAAGCUAAUAUUAGUCAUGUAGCUGCAGCUGAUUCACUAAUCCAAACCAACAGGAGUUCAUUACAGAAACACAAGAGAUACAACUGACAAAAAUAUAUAUGCAUCAUGCCACAGACAACGAGAAAGACUAGAAUGGGGGAUUGGCAUGUUGGAUGUCAGUUAGCACCAUGCAGAGGUGGGUAGAGUUGCCAAAAACUGUACUCAAGUAAGAGUAACGUUACUUCAAAAUAAUAUCAAUCAAGUAGAAGUAAAAAGUAGUUAUCCAAAAAUGUACUCAAGUAAGAGUAAAAAAGUAUUUGGUGAAAAGACUACUCAAGUACUGAGCAACUGUUUGAUUGUAAUGUCCAAUUUAUUUUUUAGAAAUGAUGUGAUCAGACAGGCAAAAAUAUAAAUUCUGAUAUUUCCAAAUGAUAAAAUAAAAACUAGCAAAAAUAGAUAACACCUUUACGAAAUGACAAGGCACAAGAAACACAAAUUUCCAAAUCUCAGUUUUUCACAACAUAAAGCUUUAGAAACAGAUACCUGUAGUAAGGUGACGUUUUUAUGUUUGAACAGUGCAAACUACUUCCAGUGACAAGAUAUACUGCAUGCUCAUAGACUGUAUGUACCUGCUCCCCCCCCGCUGAAUCACGUGGACCUACCAAGCCUGACGUCACGCUUCACUUCGCCCGUGUAAGUAAACAAGACAGAAGCCGAAGAUAUCCAUGCUAAUGCUAUGUUAAUGCCGUUGGACUUCCAAACAAGAUCAAAUUUCUCGAAAAUGCCCCAGUUUUUUUCAUUUCCCGUCUGCUAUGUGUGAAGACUUUUUGCUGCCACAGUUCGUAUGAAGUCGUAACCGCAGGCGACGUCUGGUGAAACACAGUUACGUGAUUGUUGCUUUGUCUGAUUGGUGAAACACUGUCAUGUGGUAGAUCCACUGGGGGCAUCUCUCCGGCAAAAUAAAGCACAUCUAAUGUGGUAAAUAAAGUAACGAGUCGAGUGUAGCCCAGUGUAACGGAGUAAGAGUAGCGUUUCUUCACAAAUCUACUCAAGUAAAAGUAAAAAGUAUGGCAGAGUAAAAGUACUCUCAGAAGUAAAUUUUUUUUCAAAAAGUUACCCAGGUAAAUGUAACUGAGUAAAUGUAACUCGUUACUACCCACCUCUGGCACCAUAACUAGGCACCUGAAUGUCCACAAAUCCGCCAUUUUAGAAAGAAGAGUCUGUUGAAAUUAGAUUUGUAAUGCUUAGUUUAAAAGUUUAUCGAGAGUUUCCAGAGGAGUCAGAUCACAGUGGACCUCAACUUUAUUAAAAGGAGUGGACUACAUGACGCAACACUACAAGAAUGCAUUGCAGGGAGGAUGACAGAGACAAUGAAUGGAAAGCACUGAAAUGACUGAUUCUGUGUAUGUGUACCAUAACAAAGUUUCCAACUGCAUGACACACAAUCUGGAACUUGACUGCAGAUAAAGUGUCUCCACUAGAGCUCUGACAUGUCAUAACCAGCUUGCAUGUCUCAGGAAAUAAGAUGUACAGAGAUACCAAUGAAGUUGUCGGUGUGCAUAACCAAAGAACAUCAGCUCAAACUGCGAGGAAUUGCCUGAAGGAAGCUGGUUUGUGAAGAAGCAGCAGAACAACAUCUUAAUUAGCUCCAGUUGGGCUCCAGCCAAACGGAGGACUGUUGAAUCUCAUUUUCAGCUGUACAAAGCAGAUGGCCUAGUUGGCAUCAUACAUAGGAUCACCGUGAAGAUGGAGGAGUGAUGGUUGGAUGGAGAAAGAACACGUCUAAAUUUCAUUGAUGAGAAUCUUAAAGCCCAACAACAUAGAGAUGAAAUCCUGACACCUGUAGUUAUCCCCUUUAUUUGCCACCAUCACUUGACAUCUCACCAAAACACCAUGUGUCCCUAUGUCUCCAGCAUAUACACUGCCCUUCUAAAGCCCCUGAAGAUGUCUGAAUCCUAGAACGUAGUGCAGACUCUCCAGACACGUCACCAGUCCAACAUCGUUUGGACUCUCUGGAUGUCCGACUCUGUGAUCCUGUUCCCCAAAAAUGUCCGACAACUUCGUCAAACCCUUCAAGAAAAGUGGAACAACAUUCACAAUCUACAGUAGAAGCUUCUAUUCGACUGUGCACAAAGAAGCCUCUAGUCUCCAUCAGUUACCGCAGCAGCUCAGACAAAUACGUCACCAGGAAUUACUUUGAAAAGAGUAAAAUUAGGCAUUCUAUCAUCAGAUUUACCUCAAGCAGAGUGAUUUCACGGUUACAGAAGCAGCAAUGACAAACUCAUUAACUCUCUGUCGUAGUUAUAUGGCGUGACAUGAUGCAAAUAGUGGACACACUCAUUCCUGACUCUCCAUCUGACCAGUAUCAUUUCACAUUUACUUGGUUGCUUCAUUUGGAACAACAAAUACUUAUUCCCCUUGUUAAAAAAGAAUUUCAUAUAUAAGAAUAUUACGUGCUGCGUUUAUGUUUUUGUCAGUGUAUUUAUAGCACAUGAGCAGGUGAAUCCAUUUCUUUGACCAUUGUGUUCUUAAUAGUACAAUUAGCACAAGGAUUUAUUCAGCAAUAAAAUUGAAAUUUACACUUUUUUAAAACUUUACUAUCAGUGAAAUCAAUGUUUGCUGCAGCCCUCUCAUAAAACCUGCAGUUUUAUUUAAGACUUCAUUUAAGUAUGGAAACAUAACAAGCAGCCAGUGUUUCAUGCUGCUCAAAAAUCAGCCAAUAAUCAUCAGCAAACAUUUUGUAAUAUUCUCGUUGAUUUAUGGGAUUUUUGUGUCGGUCACUGGUGUCACGAUGUUUGAAGUUUUUGGGUGUUUUUGCACAUUUGUUAUGAGAGCAUGCAGGAGAAUGCACCGACACAGAACGAGCAGAAACACGUUACGGAUUCUUUGUGUUGUGAGUGACGUUGGUGAGAAGUUGUUGAACAAAACGUGUUUUUUUGGAUUUCCGUUAAAGUUGAUGCACAUUUAAGGUGACGCUCGGUUUACAUGAGGCCGUGUCACCGUUAACACGUGAAACAAGUUAUUUUAAAUGUUCUUUCUUUGCUUACUUUACCUGACUGUAGAUCUAUAUGUUGAUGUUGUUUGAAUUACUGUAUACAGCAAUGCAUUGUGGGUAAAUGGCGCCAGGGCAAACACGGUUGAUUUUCUGUUUGGAGCAUUCAGGGCUCGUCUUCACAUGCAAACUAGAAUAAGCUAAGCUGCCGGUGAGGUGAGAGUUUCCAGCUGCAGGUUUACGGUGGAUUCGACACUUCGACGUGUCAAACACCUGAACAGGUGGACUCGUCUCGCCUCACCGGUUCAGUUCUUUCUUGUUUGAAUAAAAAAAGUCUUGAAAGUAAAAUAUAA